AUGUCAUCAAGCACCAACAGUAAUGUAUUGAAGCGGAAGAACGAGGACUCGGACUCUGUAAGUGAUGAUAUCUCCAAGAAACGAGUCGCGUUGGACGGUGAACAGAUUGACGAAUCUUUAAAGCAAGAAGUGGAAGCAAAAACUGCUCCUGCUAUAGGUUCGAGCAAUUCUUCUGAUGAAGAAGAGUACGACCCCAGUGUACCGGGCCUCAAGUCUCCUCCCGCGGUGGAUGUGGCCACGGAGUCGAACGAGUCUAAGCAGGCUUCGGAGGAGCCUGAAGAAGAACACAAAUCUCCAGAACAUUCACAACCACAAAGACCAUCCCAACCCGUAUCAACAACCGGCGACGAAUCACCCAGCGUGUCGCACAAUCCCGUCUCGUCCGUGACGUACCAGCGAGAGAAAGAAGAUCCCACUGUUGUGCUGUUCAGAAUGUACUGUCCUGUAAAAGAAGCCGGGCUCAUUGUGGGUAAGAAAGGUGAACAGAUUAAUCACAUUCGAGACAGAGCGAAUGUCAAGGUGUUUGUGAGUGACAACAUCAAGGGUGUUCCCGAACGGAUUGUGACCGUGAGAGGGUCUGCGGAAAACGUGGCCAAGGCCUUCGGAUUGGCUGUCAGAGCCAUUUUGGAUGAGCCUGAAGAUGAAGCUUCAUCAAUCAAUAGCAGUCUGUACGACUUGAGACUAUUAAUUCCUCAUCCUCUCGUGGGAUACAUCAUCGGUAAGCAAGGAAGCAAGUUCAGAGAGAUUGAAGAGAAUUCGGCUGCAAAAUUAAAGGCAGCAGAAACUCCAUUACCUUAUUCUACUGACCGGAUCUUAUUAAUAAAUGGGGUUAGUGAUGCCAUUCACAUCGCCGUAUACUACGUGGCACAGGUGGUUCUUGAACAUAAGGAUGCUUUGCUGAAACAGAAAAUUGUAUUUUACAAUCCGGCAAACUACCAACCUAACUCCAAUCCCCUAAGCACAUUAACAGGAAUGAGUCCUCCUGUUAAUAACAACAUGAACAUGAAUACCAUGGGAAAUAUGGGUAACAUGAGUAACGUGGGUGGGAUGAACAACAACAUGAAUGCCUUGAGUGCUUUGAACAGCUUGAGUAGUAUGAUGAUGCCAAAUAACAAUGUCAUGAUGAACCCCAUGGCCAAUGCUCCUAUGGGCAACCCGACAAUGGGAAAUGCUCAUAUGGGGAACUCUCCAAUGGCCAACAACUCUAUGGGGAUGCAGAAUCCUCAAAGUCCUUAUGCUGCUUCCAAGCAGCCAUAUAAUUUUCAAAUGAUGUUUCAACCAUCCAAUAACCCCCAACAAAACUAUAACUCCAGACAACCCAUCAACGCUCCCCCACAACAAGCCUAUACCGAUGAACUCGGUAACUCCAUGGUCGGUGAAGUGUUGACGCAUCCUCUAGUACCAAGUGGUUCAGGUGACAAAUAUAACCAAGAUGUGUUUGUAGCAAACAAUAGUAUUGGAUCUGUUAUUGGAAAAGGAGGAAACAACAUUAAACAAAUACGGGAAACCUCUGGAUGUACAUAUGUGAAGAUUGAGCCCGAUAGAGGAGAUACCAUGAUGCUUGGAGGAGGAAGAGGUCGUUUGAAUAUGAGAAAGUUGACCUUGACCGGGUCCUUAAACUCUAUCAACACAGCCAUAUAUUUGAUCAACCAAAGAAUCAAUACCGAUAAGGAAAGAAACUUGAACUAG